AUGGCGCACGGCCAGCCCGAUGUGGGCCAUAUGUACGCGGCUCCCUACGCGCACCUCCACCCGGCUCCGCCCCCGUACGAUAUGUACCAGGAGGCUGGCAACGGGGCGUACCUGGCCGCGCCCGCCUGCGCCGCAUCCUAUCACGCGGCUCCCCCGUAUAACGGCGUGCUCAAAGCGCCGCCGGCAGCGGACUACGGGGCCUAUCCGCCCCAGGCCGCCUUUCAGGAUCGAAAGUCUGUGGCGGCAUACGCCUUGGACUCGCUCCGCGGGGUGCCCCCGUUAACCCCACUCAACACUAUCAGAAAUUUCACUAUGGCCGCUCCGCCACCGCCGCCGCCUUCCUCUGACGGACCGCCCGUCGCCGCCUUCCCGGCCCACCAGAACCUGCCGCUAAGGCCCAUCUUGCGCCCGCGCAAGUACCCGUGCCGUCCCAGCAAGACGCCGGUGCACCAGCGCCCGUACGCCUGCCCGGCCGAGGGCUGCGAGCGUCGUUUCUCGCGCUCGGACGAGCUGAGCCGCCACCUGCGCAUCCACACGGGCCACAAGCCCUUCCAGUGCCGCAUCUGCAUGCGCGCCUUCGGCCGCAGCGACCACCUGGCCACGCACGUGCGCACGCACACCGGCGAGAAGCCCUUUUCCUGCGACACCUGCGGCAGGAGGUUCGCGCGCAGCGAUGAGAGGCGCCGACACCUCAAAAUUCACCUCAGGCCCGCCAAAGACAGAAGAGGUCACGAUCCCUGA